GGCAACGGGACGCGGAGCCGGGCGGCGGCGGCGGCCGCGGGUGCCUCACGCCAUGUCCCAGAUCCUGUGUGAGUGGCUCAACCGGGACGUGAAGCUGUCCCGGCGCAUCGUUCCAGGAUCAUUUCCAGAAGAAUUUUCUACUGGCUACCUCCUAGGAGAACUUCUGCACAAAUAUGGUCUUCAGGAUGACUUCAAACAAUUUUCACAGAACAGAGGUGCAGAUGCAAAAAUUAACAAUUUUUCUCGCCUGGAACCCACACUUCACCUUCUUGGUGUGCAAUUUAAUGAGAAUAUGGCCCAAGACAUCAUGACAAGACAGCAUGGGGCUGCGACAAAGCUUUUAUAUGAAUUGUAUAUUGCUUUAGAAAAAAAGAGGAAGGCAAAGCUCACUGGAGUAGUUGUGGGAGCAAUGAGACCUGCAGCAACUGCAAAGCUUACUGAGGGUAGAAAUCAAGAGCAUUACAUAGGAAGGAGACAAAAUGAAAUAAUGGCCAGGAUUCAAACAGCUACUAUACAGAUUCAAAAACAACCAUCAAGACCCACCAUAAAAUCUUCUGAAGCCAAAAAAAUCUUAAAGAAGAAAAGGGAAGCAGAGAACGUAUACAAGGAGAUAGAAAAGUUUGAGAAGUCUGUGACAGGAAAUGUCUCUGCAGUACAUGGCCAUGUGACCAACAGUGAUAUGCAAGAAUUAUUGCAAACACAGAAGUUUCCGGAAGCAAAUCUAGAAACUAUACCAGCGACAAGAACUGAGCUGUUAAAUAUUUAUUCAGAUGAUGAAUAUUUAAGGAAAAUUCAAAAACGUGUACAGGAAGAUACAUUCGCUAGAGAGCAACGAGCAAAGAGACGACGAAAAAUGCUAGUGGAUCAGUUAGCAAUACAUGAGAUUCAAGAGAAGGUUUACCGGGAGGAGCAGCUCAUUUACAGGCUAAUGAAACAAUCUCAGCAUGAGCGAAGGAUUGCUGCUCAACUCAUGCACGUUCGGCAUGAAAAAGAGGUGAUAAGGCAAAACAGAAUUUUCAGGGAAAAGCAAUAUGAAGAAAGACGGCAGAAGGAGUUCCAGGAAGCCCUUGACAGAGAAGCGGCUCUUGCAAAGCAAGUAACUAUUGAUAAUGAAGAAAAAAUAACCAGAGAAAGAAAAUACCAUGAGAAAAUUGCUGCUGAAAGAGCUCAGGCACGCUAUAAAAAGCAUUAUUCUAUGUGUUGGGAAAUGAUAGACCAAGUCAUUGAUAUAUCGACAAAAGUAGGAGAAUAUCGUCAACUGACAAACAACCGUGUUCCACUUAAACUGAUGCUGGAUUGGAAGGAACUUUUUUUUAAAGGAAAACCAAUAUAUGAACAAGCCUCAAUUCAACCUUUGUCAGAUGAACCUAGCCCAGAACAACUUGUAGAGCUGAAUAAAAUCAGUCUGUUAGAUGAAAAAGAUUAUGGUGAAUACAAGAGUAUGACAGGGGAAUGGAGCCCAGCUGAAGAGAACAGUGAAAACAAACCUCCUCCUAAUAAUAACAUAUUGGGUCAUAUACUUCGUAGACUGAUGGAAAUGUUCUAUCCUCCAAAACCCAAAUCUUCACGUGAAUUUCCUUCAUUUCCUGUCAAGGGAUGUGUUUUGGGAAAAAUGUUUAGUGGAAAAACUACCUGUGCAAAGUUUAUUGAAAAAGUUUGCAAUAUUCAGGUACUAUCUGUUGGUACUCUGGUUCAGGAGGCCAUUGAAGCUUUUCUUAAUAAUGAAAUGAAAAGUGAAUCCAGCAUAAUAUCACAGGAAGCAGAGAGUUCUGGAGAGCAAAAUGAGGACCAGGAGAACUUACCAAAUUCACCACCAAAUCUAGAGGAGCUUGAAACCACAGCCGCACAACUUACCACAGAACUUACCACAGAACCCAGCUCGGAACUUACCAUAGAACUUACCACAGAACCCAGCACGGAACUUAGCACAGAACCGACCACAGAACUUACCAUAGAACUUACCACAGAACCCACCACAGAACCCACCACAGAACCCACCACAGAACUUGACACAGACAAUUGUCCUGUUGAAAAGGAUACAUCCCAGGAAGAAAUCCAGGAAGAAUUUGAAUUGGAUAGCAGUCAGGAUGGCCUAUCCAAGCUGUCGGUGCGUGCUAAACUUGGUGCUGAAUUACAGAAAUGGCUGAAGAACGGAAAAAGUGUUCCCGAUGAAUUACUAAUUGACAUCCUAUUGGAAGCCAUUACCCAAAUAUCACCAGAGAAGGGGUGGAUUGUGGAGGGGUUUCCAAUGACAAUCAAUCAGGCAAAGCUAUUUGAAAAAUCCUAUACAGGGAUUGAUGUAGAAGCAAAAGAUCCAAUUUCUGAAAAGCUGUCCCUUGCUAUAGAUCCCAGAGCCCCUACCCAGCCUCCUCCUACCUCACCUGCAUUUGAUGUUUCUAUAUUAUUGGAUAUUUCAGACAGUUUGGUACUGGAACGUGCAGCUAACGUGAAGUUUUUCCACACAGUUGAUGAAAGAAAGGCUUCUCAGUCUGAACAGAGCAGCAAUCAAAAUUCAGAUUCUGAAAUCCUAGAAGAAAAUAUUGACUUGGCCAGGGAGCAGGUGCUACAUAGGAUUUCAGGCUUCCUAAAGACAUGGCCAAAAUUAGAGAAAUGGUUUUCAGUCCAACAAAACAAUCUAGUGAAAGUAAAUGCAGAGACAGAAGAAAGUCUUGUGUGUGAAACAGUGAAGGAAAUUAUAAUAGAAGAAAUUGUGAAAAAUCAGGAUAGAAGGUCUGCUGAAGAAAUACCACCACCACCACCAGAAGAAGAAGAGGUUUUACCAGUUACAGAUGAAGAAGAGGUUUUACCAGUCACAAAGGAAGAAGAAAAGGUUUUACCAGUUACAGAUCAGUCUCCUUCCUCAUCUGAGGCACCACCAGUGAUUGAACCAGGAUCGGAUGAAUGGAUUUAUGUAGAGGAACCACUUCCCCGGGAGAUGAUUGAUUUUUUAGUACCUUACUGGGAAGUGGUAGAAAAUACAUAUAUGAGUACGAUCAAAACUGUACUUAGAUGUCUAAGGGAUGAACAGUACACUAUAAUUCAUUACACAGCAGAUAUUAGAAAAAAAUUUCAAGAUUAUUUGAAACGUCCACAUCUUAAGCAGGAGUUUGUAUCUCUAUGGCAAGCAGAUUUUAAUUCAAUAUCUAAUGAACUGCAAGAUGAUGAGGAAACAAAAGCUGAACUACACCAAAGGGUUACUGACCUAAGAGAUCUUCUCUGGGAUAUCUGUAACACUAGAAGGGAAGAGGCAGAGCUGGAACGUACUGGUAUCAUGAAUGAAGGGUGGUUACCAGAUCGUAGGGGGAUUGCAAUGAACCAUUUCUUUACAAUUAUGCAGGCUGAACUGGAUCGUUUCCAAGAUACAAAGAGACUUCUUCAUGACUAUUAUAGGGCAAUGGAAGGAAAAAUCCCAACAGAAGACACUCAGGAUUUUACUAGAAUCCCAUUGUUAGAUAUUAUUAAUGGAGAGCAGAAGGAAGAUCAAGUUGAACCAAGAAGGAUUCCUCUAGUUUCUUUGAAAACACCUACACCAAGUAAUACAGAGUCAGAAAAGAGUGGAACUAAGAAGAGGAGUCUUAAGGAUAACAGAUCUGAAAAUGAAGUGCCCACUUGCAGGGAUGAUAAAACUCUUGUCAUUGAUGCAUGGCAAGCAGCAGUAACAGCAGUAUCAGAUAUGGUAACAGCUGAAAUAGAGUUUAGAGAAAUGGAGGAAGAAAAUGAACGUCAGCUAAAACAGAAAUCUUCAAAAUCUUCAAAAGGGGCUGGGAGAGAUACCAAAGCUGCCAAAAAUGCAUCUUCCAAAUCACCUCCUAAAAAAAAAGGAGCAAAAGCCACUCCAACUCCUAUAGACCCAGAAGAAUUAAGGAAAGAAGAACUGGCAGUUAAAAUAAAGCAAGAAUAUUUCAGUGCCUUGAAACAGGAGGAGGCAGCCACAAAAUCUCGGCUAGAACUUGUAAAAGAAAAAGCUUUAGCAUUUCUUGAGGAUCUAAAAUUUAAAGCAGAAGAGGCUUAUAAAGAUAUGGAAAAGUGGCUUGGAUCCACCUUCUUGGAGGAAAGAUCAAGUGUUGAAAGACUGGUAGAGGUUGCACGACAUCAUAUUGAGAGUGCUAGCAAAAUCUUAUAUGAAAUGACUUUAGAAGGAACAGAUUUCUUCAUCAACGGUGAUGUAAAAAUGGUUCCUGACCCUAUUCCUGACCCUGAUCCUCCACCAGAAUUUCAACGCAUAGAAACCUCUGAAAGCAGUACUCUAACUAUUUCACAACUUACAACACUUCAUACACAGUUUCUGCAGCUGGCACCUAAAGCCAUAAAAGCACUGAAGCAAUUUAAAAGCAAGACUAAUUCUUCUAGCAACAGAGAAGUUGGUGACAGAGGGAAAGAGAAGAAAGAUUUGGAACGUCAGAAAACAAAGAGGAAUCAUCAGUUUCCAAAAAUGUGGCUAACAAAAUACUCCUGGUUAAAAUAUGAUGAAGAAAGAGGAAUAAUGUUUUGUGUACCAUGUCGUAAACAUAAUGUGGAUUUGGGGGAAAAUAUCCAUAAUUUUUGUUCUGGCACUGAUGACUUCAAACUUGAAUUUAUAAACACACACCAGAGUAGUGAAGCUCAUGCUUGGGCUACCUGCAUGGAAGCUGCCAGUUCUGCUUCACCAGAUACAGCUUCUGCUGAGCAGAUGUUGAAGAGCAUGAACUCCAUAACAUUGGGUAGAGUAGAAAAUAUUUUUAGAAGAUAUCACGCUAUUGCUAAAUCUGGCUCUUCCUAUACAGACCCUGAUGGAAUGGGCAAACCACAUAAAAUUUAACAUGACCUUUCUCAGGCAUGCCCUUCUGAAGACUUCCCUACAGAGGCAGAACAGAUCCAUCUUCCCAUUCCUGAUUAUUAAUUGCAUGAAUUAGUCUUCCCAUAACAAGUACUCUUACAGACAGGAUGUGAUUAGUACGCUUCACAGCUUGAACUACUUUUUAUUUCCCUGUAAGAAUAUUUUUAAGGGUUGCCAUAAGAUUACUAUAUCUUGAUUUUUUUAGUCUAGGAGCUGAGAAUGAGUAUGGUUUAGAGAAUAUUUACUUUCAUAAUUCUACAUAUUCUAAAUGUGCCUUUCUACUUGAUAAUUUCAAAAGGUAAAGCAUACCAACAGAAUAUAUUUCUGCCAUCAAAGAAAUAGCAAUGAUUUAUAUCAAAAAAUAGCUAAAAUGAAAUCAUUAAAGAUCCUUCUUGGUUCCUCCAACAGCAAAUGAGGAUUUACUACAGGUAGUUUGGGAGAAAUUAAUAUGAGGCUGCUCACCUUUGAAUCAAUCAUGUGCUAAAUCAAGAUAACUCUACUUUCAAUUUAAAAUGUAUGUAGUAAUACCAAUACCCCACACCCUACUGCACUCUCCGCUCUGCUCUGUACUGUAUGCUAUGCUGUACUAUAUCACACAAAUGCACACAUAUAUGUACGUACAGUCUCUUUGGUGUUUUGCAUAGAUGUUCAUGCUUCUUCUGGGUAUAAAUAAUGUGUCAGAAAUGGAGUAGGUUUUGAAGGAAUGCCUCAUUAAAGCAUAUUGGUCCGCUCCAGUAGAGUUAAUUUGUGUCAGAAAUAGAAAUCAGUACUGUGCAUUGUAUAAAAUAUCUGAACUUGUGAUUUCACAGUCAAAAAAAUAUGUUUAGAUGUACUUUGCCUAAUAAGCAACAGGGUAUAUAUUUCAUGGAUUACCUUAUUAAAUAUGUGGCUUGUUAUAUAUUAGAAUUGUGGAUUCAAGAAUUUUCUUUCAAAUCACAUAAUACCAAGAGAGUUCUUUUCCCUCAAAGUUUUCAAAUGGAGAUUUCUAACUAUGUUGAGAUUAGAAAAAGUUUGAAAAUGUGUCCUAAGGAUGUCCAACAGGUGAAAACAGAAAAAAGAAAGAAAGAAAAACCAAAAAAUGGUGGUUCUGUAUCUGUAACACUAAACUCACCUCCACGAUGCAGGGCAGGGGCAUGUUUUCUCAUACUCUUCAUCCAUGAAACUAGUGGAAUUCCUUCCACCUCACAUCUCAGGAGUUAUAUUCUAAGCCUGUGAUUAUUCGUGCUGCUUUCUUUUGGGCAAUCUUUAGUUUACAUCCAUCCUUCUUGAUCUAGAAUUUCUGAAGUUGUAUUAUAGCAGAGGCCUUAACAUCUGGAAAAAAAAGGAUUAUUUCCAAUGACUUCCCAUGUACUUUCUCAUAUUAUUGUAGUCUGCUAUAAUCCUUAGAGACUUUUCUGUAGAAAUUUUACUUUAGCAGUAAGAUUCCCUUUGGGACAUUCGUUCAGUUCAUUAUGUCAGCCCAGUGGGGCACUUGACAUUUAUCUUUAUUAGGUAGUGUCGUUUUAUUCUGGAGUUUAUCUCAAAUUUUUAAAGUUCACUUUGAAUUCUAAUCUUGUUCUCCAAUGUGCUAGCAGUCUGCUGCUGAAUUGUUUUAUGUACAUUGCAAUAAAUGUAUCAAUUUGUGCAGUCCAUUUCCAGAAAGUACUUUGAUCUGUUUCUGGUGAAAUUACCUACUGACCCUGAUCAUCUCUCCAGGUUUUCAAAAUCUACAUGAAUACUGAUUCUUUUUACAAGAUGCCUGCUGCUCCUUCUAAUUAAAAAUGUUUAAUUUUCUAUUCAGUCUCCUACAUUAUUCAACUGAAACUUAUUAGGUUUGGUUUCUUUUAUUUUGUACUUAUAAAAGGAUUUUGUAAAGAGCAUACCUGUUUUGAAAUGAAUCUUUCUAAGUGGAAAAAGCCAGUUCUGGGAAUUGUCUUCCUUUUUCCUUCCUAGGGGACAUUAUUUUCUUUCACUGCUUGCAGUGUACCAUUUGCAGACGCCAGUAUUCUUUUCUGGGUACCAUCUGUGUUGCUGCCCACUCUCAGCAUCUCUUCAUGAUUAUGGAGCACUGAUAGCCCUUGAGAUUAAAUGAUGAAUCACCUAUUGUCUGGUAUUGUAAUCAGAUACUCAAAACCAGUUCUGUUCUCUGUGAUAUAUUCCCAAAUCCACUAAGUCUAAACAAAGAUCCUAAAAACACAGUGAUGAUAAUAUUUCAUCCCUCAUGUUUAUGUGGGAUUUCUUCUGAGACUCCCUCCUUUCUCUUACAUAUAUCAGUAAGGAGGAAUUAAGUUGGUCCAUUUGGAACUACUAUAACUUUGGAAUUAUCCCUCAUCAGAUGUUUCAGGAGGAGGUAGUAAAGUAAAAGAAAUAGCCCUACAUCACAUCAGGAAUUCCAUAGUUAAUAUAAACAAUUACAUAGUUUAUGUAAAUUGUGAUUUAGAUUGCAAUCCUUUAAUCCCAUCUCAGAAUCUCAGACAUUAGUUUUGCAAGUUCUUGAAAUUCUAUGUCCCUCAGAUACUUUUAGCGUAUGUUUCUGAAGUCAUGUAGCUUCAAAAAAGUGAUAUUAGGAUAUUAGUAUCCUUUUAGAAUUCUGUGAAGAAAAUCAAAAUUAAAUUUCUUUUCAGGAAGUCAGAAAAUCAUAAGACAUACAGGAACUACAUCUUUUAUUGUCAUGUAAAGAGAUCAUGGUGGGAAUUGAACAGUUUAAAACAUAAGAUAGUGUGACAGAAAGCCAGUGAUCAAAUGGAAAGGGAAAUGUUUAGCAAAAAUUAUUAGCUGGGCUCUUUAUGAUAAAGCACUGGUAGUGCAAAGAAGAUGUAAAAAUUUUCCCUGAUAUUUUUUGUUGUUCACUGGCUUCUUCAUGCACCCUAGCCUGUUUUCCCUGUGAAUCACUAAAAUGUUACCUGGCUUAUGGAAUCUUAGAGGAAGUGUCCCAGUAAUGAUGGUCCAGUGAUGCAGACUUAAUUGUGCUAUAUGAAAAUAAUCUGAUUCCUGAGGAUUGAAUUUUUCAUGAAAAAAACAAAUUUCUCUUUACCCUAAAUUGAUUAUAUUAGCAAUCCAAGGUGCUUCAGGAAACAGCCCAUGAUAUGCUGUUCUUCUAAAAACAUCUUUAUAGAAGAUGUUCUUUCUCAAUGCAGAUAACUCAAAAACUUUCAAGACAUCAGAACACUGUUACCGGUCUGACAGUAUUUUUUCCCCAGCUUUUGCUUUCAUGCUAAAAUUUGGGGGAGGAUAUGAAGGCUUCAAGUCCAGGUGUUUCUCCCUUCCUUCUUUCUGUCCCAACAGACCCAAAUCUAUUUUUGUCUUCUUCUCUCCAAGUUUAUAUACAUGUAGGAUUUCUCUGCUGUAUUAAGAUUUCUCUGCUGUAUUAGGAUUUCUCUGAGGCCAUUAAUCCUAGUUUUCCUGAUUGGAGAUAAACAGGUCUACAGAGAUGCAGACUAUUCAUUCAAAUUGGCAACUUGAUUUUGAAUAAUGACACAAUGAAAUUAAUACUCAAGCAGGUUAUUUAUAGUUAUCACAUAUCUUUUUCAUAAAAUUUAAUUACGUGUCACUGUUUCACUUUAAACAAAGUUUCUUAGCCAUAGAAUGUGCACAGCUUUGCCUUUUCAAAUGGACAAGAAGUUUGACUGGAAAAAGGAAAAAAAUAAUUAAGUCUUCCCAGCAUUUCACUGAUUGUGUUUGCUUAUAAAGGUAAUCUGAAAAGUCCUGUUUUGAUGCCAUGGAAUUGAUCACAACCUGACCAAAUAGGCUUUGUGUCUCAAAAUUUAAAUAGCUUGAAACUUAUUUUACAUUUUUUGUUGUUACUGCAGAGGUUUUGCAGUGAACUCUCAGUGACCCAGCAAAGUCAGUUUCUGAAAUAAGAGAUUAAUUUCUGGUUUUAAUUUUUUUUUUUUUUACAUAAUUUUGUGCUUUGAUUCCAUGAAGCACAAAAUUUGAAUUUUCUGUUUGCUCAUAAGCAAAUCUAUUCCUGCUUUAAAAAAUCUACUCCUGCUGCACUUAACUGAUUUUUUCUUAGGAUUGCUUUAAAAAUAAAAUUAACAGAGCUAUUUCUAACUCCCGCAUGUGAAUUCGGAGAAGCUUUUCAAACAGUUGAAUUUUGUUUCAGAAUUCAACAGACAACCGUGCAUGUUUUCUACCCUAUCCUCUAGUUUACGCUUGCUUUAAAGAGGGAAGAUGGAUUUAUGAUUGAUUAAAAUAAAGCAAAGUGGAAGAAAAUGUUGGCAGGUAUUCAGUACACAUAACUCUGAGAGAUUGGUGUCUGUGAAUGCUCAUUAACUGUCAGUGCAGACCAUGUGAGGAUAGAUUAGUGAUCUUAAUGCAGAUCAGGACAAGUACCAGAAGAAUUGCAGUGCAGUGAAAUAUUUUAAGUUUUGCUAUUAGAUGGGUCACAUAUGAUUAAUUUUAAAUAAGGAGAUUUUAUGUUUGGUUUGGAAAAUAUUAGCAUUAUCUAUAGUGCAUAAUAGGAAAGUAAGUAACUUUCUCAUAUUGCCGUUAAAUUUUUUAACAGAAGAGGUCUAUCUAAAGUCUAAACAUAUUUCUAUAUUGAUUUUUAUUAGGUUUUGUACUAAAGAAAGUAUUUAUUGAAACUGUUAGUGGCUUGGUUAAUUUGAAUCUUGGAAUAAAUUGCUACCCUGAUGCAUG